AUGGUGUUCAGAAAAAGAAAAAAGCUGAAGAGGGAUUUUCAAAUACCGCACAUGUCGUCGUCAUCAGGAGGACUUGCUCCUGGCGAUGUGACGGCACCAAAUCCUCUACACAAUACAAAUAAAUAUAAGGUGUAUGUACAAGCUGUCGAUCGAGCUUUGAAGACAUUUGAAAAUCCUAACGAAUGGGCUGAUCUCAUCUCAGCACUUGCCAAACUAGCCAAGGUAUUCCAAUCUAAUGCCAAAUUCGGAGACAUUCCCAAACCAGUUACUGUCGCCAAGCGAUUAUCACAGUGCCUUCAUCCUGCUCUUCCCAUGGGUGUACAUCUAAAAGCGCUCGAAACGUAUCGUCAAAUAUUCGACAUUCUGGGUCCACAAUCCUUGCCUAAAUUGCUGUACUUGUUUGCCGUUGGUCUUUUCCCACUGAUGGACCACUGCGGUAUAAAGGUGAAAUCUGAACUUUUCAACAUUUUCGAGCAAUACCUUUUGCCGUUGGGCCAGAACCUGAAACCAGCUUUACCCGGUUUUCUGGCCGGAGUAUUGCUGGGUCUCGAGGAGGGCACAGAGUUCUAUGAGAGGUCGCUAUCCGUACUCGAUCGUGUUUGCGAGGGUGUUGGAGAGCGUGCUUUCUUCGCAUGCCUUUGGCAAGCCGUCCUCGGCUCUCCAUCUGUCCGAUUGCCAGCAAUGCUGUAUGUAAACGCGAAGUUUGACAAGACGCGAACGCUUGAUGAUCAAAUCGCAAUUGUUGGCGACCACGUGAAUCAUAUGGUUGCCGCACUUUGCGCGACUGCAAGCGAUACUGGCUCACCGUUAGUUCAACGGAACUUGUUAGAUUUCUUGUGUGCAGCGUUUCCUCUUGACAGCACCAAUCUAACAAGAGAGGAUUUUGUGCAGUUGUUAAUGCGAUGUAUUUUCGUUGUGUUACGACGUGAUAUGUCUUUGAACAGGCGUCUUUACACCUGGUUAAUGAACCCUACAGGUGGGAACGUAGCCAUCAGUAGCAUACCUGUUGGUGAUGAGGGAGUGGAGUCUACGUUCUUCAUUGACAAAGUUCUACCACUCAUUGUGGAAGCGCUAACUGAAUAUCUCAAACUCGAUGUUAUUGAAAUCCCUCAGUCAUCAACGAAUGCUUGGGCGCAUGGAUGGGGAGGACAGCGGGAGAGUGAGCAACAUCAAUUCGCUGAAGUGCGAGUUUGCCGACUGUUGCUGUAUCUUCAAGAUCGCGCUGAUAUUGGCGGACCUGUUCUCAAUAAAGUUUUUCCACUGUUUUUGAAAUGUGUAUCAAACGUCCACGAACGCUUGACGACAGAAAGUGACCAGGUCAAAGAAAAUAAAGAUUCCGAUACCAGUUUGGAUCGUAACCAUCUGCGACUAUCGCUGGACUUGAAAAAGAGCCCUUCUAAUUCUCGUUUGUCAAAUGCGGAAGCAGAAGACGACAAAGUGAAGGAACAGGAGCGACGUCUCGACGAAAUUUCGAAGACGCUCAACCUUCUGUUGAAUUCGCUGGAAACAGGAUUUCUGUUCGACUUUCUGGGUAACUGGUUCGCGGAUCUUGUUGCUCAAAGCGAUCCAAAUUCUGAGGAUAUAUCACAGUUCGCCAAGGUCGUUGUAUUUUGCUUGGAAACUUGUAACCUUGACGGGGAUCCUGCUCUGCGUGCGCAGUUUCUGCCGAAGUUAUUGCGACGGAUUCUGAACGGCCUUCAUACCGAACAGAAGCUUGUUUGCGUGGAUAACUCGGCUUUGCUAAUGAUGAUUGAAGUUUGCACAAAAUUAUUAGCAGAGAUAUCCCAAGGUGGGGCGUUUGAUGCGAGUGUGCACAACGACGAGCUGUCAGAGGGAUCAAGCGUGGUCGGAAGUCCUCGAAAGCAGGCACUGAACAUAGUCAUACCGGGCGUGAACGAUGAAGAUCAAGCGCUUGUCGAGCUGUGUGUUAACGAAUGCCUGAUGCUGCUUUCAUCGGUGUCACGAAUGUACUACACAUCUCGAUCAAGUAACCGUCUCCUUCUUCUGACCUCUGUGUGCAAUCUGACGUCACAAUUCGUGGAUUAUCCGCUCUAUUGCUUCUCAUUAGAACAUCAAAGCAAUCCUAAACUGCCAUGCUGGCUUGAAGAGCUGCUGAAGGUCGUGGACGCUGAAACUUGGGUGCAACAAAUGUCGUCUACAUCACAGUUUAUCGACAUCUCUGAUCUGACGGCAAGAACAACUGCUUUUGAGCUCGUGGUUUCAAUCUAUUUGAAGUGUUCAUCAGUUCUGGCACAGCAUGAAGCUGCAAAUGGGCGAAUCUCAGGAGGCUCUACGGGUGUUACUAACGAAGCUGAAGAUGUGCAUCCAACAACAGUGUUGUUAAAGCCGUUGCUGUUUGCGUCGCAACUCCAACAGCUGGAACGAGAACGGAUGAUCAGUGCAGAAGCUGCUCAGACAUUUCACCGGAUGUGGAUGCUUACAAGGACUGGUGACGAGCAACCUCCACUGUGUACAAAGCCAUUUAAUAGAGCAGUCAUGUUGUUACUGGGAGUGUUGGCUGAUGAGUCCGUCUCACGAGCUCGCACCGAGUUGAAAAGUGCUGCUGCCGCGUGGUUCAUUGACUGUGCCAAGCAUAACGACCUUCCGAGAAUUGUACAGAUGCUCGCGACGAUGUUAAUGAAUCCAGUAACAGCUCGGAUUUCAAUCCAAUAUGUUUGGCAGGAAGCAAGAUUGACCAAAGAUAAUUUUUCGUCUAUGCCAUCAGAUGUCUCUGUAGUUACUUUGGUCACGUCGGAUGGAAAGCAGAGGCUGUACCACUUCGAUGGACCGGUGACAGAAGGGAGUGAUUUGCGCAAUCGCCUUCUCUUGUCAUCCGAAGCAGAUCCAUCUGACUCCGAACAAGGUGUCUCUACAUGUGUGGCUCCUGGUGGCGACAUCCCAAAUUUCGAUGAGGACACUGAUUCUCUCGAUACACUGUCCAUCUCCAUGGAAGGUGUUGAUGUUGGCGUUGUGGAAACUUUGCAGUACCUGAUUGAUUGUGUUGUGGAAGAGGAAGAUAGCGAACUCGAUAAUCAGCAGCGACUGGAAUCUGCCUUAGCGCAUGCUCCUCCUGAAGGAGGAGCUGUUGUCUUCAGGUGA